AACUAGAUCUGAAGACACGCCAAGCAAGUUCUUUCAAGCCUAAGCCUCUCAUUCAUCAUCUUUAUCUUCUUAUUCUUCUAAUUAUUAGCUGAGCUCCUGCAAAUUACAGAACCAUCAAACCCAUUCAUGUCUAAUUUCUUUCAAGCUCAUUAUACAUUUAUACUCUUAGUUUGAGGGACUUCAACCGUUAAGCACCUCUUCUCUCUCAAACUCUAUCCUAAUAUAUUACUUUUUUUCUGUUGCGUCCUUUUCGUAUUCAUCUCUUUGUAUUUUUCUAGUGUCUAGUAAUACGUAUGCUUACCCUGACUCUAAAUAAUUAAGCAUUAUUCUUCCCAUCAUUUAUUCUUUCUUUUUUUUUUGUUUGUUUCCUUCUGGUUCUUUUCGUCCUUAUUUAUUUUCUUUUAUUUCCAUCCAACCUGAUAGAAUUAAAAACAAAAGAAGACAUGGUGACAUUAACAUCUACUCGCAACAUCGAAGCCUCAUUUCCUCCAUACUUAAUAACCAACCACGAGAAAUUGGGAAGAAGGAAAGAAGAUGACGAGGAAAUUGGAGUUUUUGGAGCUGAAAAAUACUUCAAUGGAGUAAUCAACGAAGACGCCAGUUCUAGAAUUUCAAGUAUUAGCUCUGUAAGAAGCUAUGAUAUUAACCACCAUCAUAAGAAUAAUGGUGACCAUCGUCAAAUUCAUCAGCGAGUGCCUGAUAUUGAGCAAAUUCAAUCAAAAAUUCAUCCCUCAACUCCUAGCGUUCGUUCCGAAUCGAGCUGGAAUAGUCGAAGCAUGUUACUACAAAAUAGUGAAAAAAAGUUAAACUCUUCAAGGAGUAAAUCUAGUAAGAUGAAUAGAAUGAAGUUUCUUGCUAGUUUAGGGUGUUCUUGCUCUGAUAAAGACUCUGUUGAUACUAAAGAUGCUGGUGAAAUAAGCUUUAAUAAUAACAAUAAUCAUCCCAGUUAUGAAAAUGCCAUUCGAAAACCCAACUUGGUUUCAUCUAUUAGACCAAGUAUGGACCUUGCUGACGCAAUUAAUCAAAUGAACAGAACACCUGCCAAAAUUGAAAAAGCAAGAUCUUGUGAUUUUCCUUGCCAAGAAGGUUCUUCUAGCUUUCGAAGUACAAAAUCUCCAUCUGGAUUACUUACGAAUGCUCCUCCAAUGAUCAAGAGUCCAUUUCUGGGCAGAGCUGAGAUUAAUCUCUCUAAGUCGCCUGAGGUUUUUGGAUCUUCUUCUUCCCUGACAGUCUUGGAGAAAGGCAACAAGACUAUGAGCUUUGAUCGGAGGCUGACGAUGAUGUCUUGGGACCACACUAUGCCUCAACAGGAUGAAAUUGUCUUUCCCACUGGUGGAAUAACACACCACGAUUCUGGUAGCGAUGCCAGCUCAGACCUUUUCGAGAUAGACAGUAUGACGGGUAAGACUAACCCUUUUCGAGCUCGGAGGUUGUCGGACGAUACUGCCUCCAGCUGCAUGACCCCAACACAUGGUUAUGCGCCCAGCGAGGCUAGCAUUCAGUGGAGCGUUGUAACGGCCAGUGCAGCAGACUACUCUGCUAUGUCAGAUUGUGAAGAAACGACAACAGUCAGACCUCAUACGACAUCGAGAAAGGUCUUGUCUGCCAAAGCAAGAAUCUUGGACGCGGAGAUUAUGCAUAGACGACGUUCUAGCACUAGUACUCUUUUAGGAUGCAAGAAUCAUAAAGCUGUAAAUGUCGCUCGAGAUGCUUACAUUGGCAGUCCAAAGAUGAUGAAUUACGAAGCUGGUCGUAUGCCUUUCAAGUCAGAUUCUCCGACAAAGUUUCAAUCUGAGGUUAAUACUAAUUUCACGGACUUCAACUCUAGAGUUGGCCAUCAUUCUUUUUCCACUCGCUCACCCAUCCCUCGUUUACACUCGCCCCGUAAUUCACAUCUUUUACACAUUCAGUAAUAUAUAUAAGUUUAUUUGUAUCGAUCUAGAGAAGUUAUGGUCCUCAAGAUGUUUAUUUCCUCUUGUUAAAGGUUGUUAUACUUAACAUCUUCUGAUGUUGUAUUCUUUUUAUUUUAUAAUUGUAUUACUUAAUUUUGUUUUCUAGAAGAGAUUUCUUACA